UAAAAGAGAAGACUAAUUAUUAUUGCAUUGCAGUAGCGUGUAAAAUUGAGCAACAACGAUUCUCCUCUCUCGAAGUCGGAGUGAGUGUAGGGUUUAUUUACCUCUGGCUCUGGCUCAGAUUAACUAGUCAUCGAAAUCUCAGAGAUCAGACACGGAACCAUCGGUCAUAGAUACACAGAAAGAAAGAAAUGACCUCGAGAGACAAGGACCAAAUCACACCGCACCACCCGCCUCUACUUAGCAGCCUCGUUGUCCGCCCUUCCGUCAGCGACGGUGGCGCUGACGGUGCCGGAAGUGGUCGUGUCAGCGAUUAUGAGCCCGGUGAGGUUCGCCGUGAGCCUCCUUCUUAUUCUCGCUCUGAUCGUUACUCCGACGACCCUGGAUAUAGAAUUCGUGCAGGUUCUGGUUCUCCUGUACGGCAUAGAGAUGUGGAUCAUCGUUACGGUCCUGAUUUUAAUCAUUCUGGUGGUCUGCCACGGAGCCGUGAUUUUGGCAGUGGGAGGGAUCCUGGUAGAUAUAGAGACUCUUCACCCCCUUAUGGUCGAGGAAGGGGUGGUGGCAGGCCAUUUAGUAGAGCUUUUGAUGGACCUGGGCUUGGUCCUGGCCCAUUCAGAGGUGAAGGUAUGAGUAGAAAUAAUCCAAAUGUGCGCCCAAGAGAUGGAGAUUGGGUUUGCUCAGAUCCUUUAUGUGGAAACCUGAAUUUUGCAAGGCGGGAGUACUGUAACAACUGCAACAAGUUUCGCUAUGGGCCUGGGGGAAGUCCUCGGAGAGGCUAUUCUGGCCCACCUCCUCCACAUGCUCCCCCUAGACGCUUCCCUGGCCCUCCAAUUGAACGUUCCCCUGGCAGGACCAUGAAUGGAUAUAGGUCUCCUCCUCGUGGCUGGGCUAGGGAUGGCCCUAGGGAAUUUGGGGCUGGUGGUCUACCACCUCCCAGGCAUGAGGGCAGGUUUUCUGAUCACCACAUGCGUAGAGAUCGGCUGGACUAUCCAGAAGAUGACUACAGGGGGAGGAACAAGUUUGAUAGGCCAAUGCCAAUGGACUGGGGUCAUAGGGACCGUGGACGAGAUGCUUUAUUCAAUGAAAGGAAAGGAUUUGAGAGGAGGCCACCCUCUCCACCUCCACUAGUACCACCACCACCACCACCACCACCAUUUGCUCCACACCGUGGCCGCUGGGCUCGUGAUGCCAGAGAGAGGAGCCGUUCCCCAAUAAGGGGUGGCCCACCGGCAAAAGACUAUCGACGAGAUAUGUACAUGGAGCGGGGGCGGGAUGAUCGGCGUGCCGUGGGGCGAGAGAGAAUUGGAGAUGCAUAUUAGCAAGGAGAGAAUUGGUGAUGCGUAUUAGCAAGCUCAGCUCUUGGAUUGCUUAUUUUGUUGUUGGUAGAUGAUGCUUGAGCCUGGAGUUCCCACUGUGGAGGCCGCCUGCGCUCCUCGCAUUGUUUUGGUCCACUCUAUUGCUUUAAAAAAUCGUUUUAGCCAAUGUGAUAAAUUCAUAAUUUCUUGUGCCACUGACUCUUCAAGGGAAUGUUUAGUGUUUUGCUGAGUAAUUCUAGGACCACAAAUUAUUUCACAAUUUUUUUUUGCCACAACUCUGAUGUAGCAGAUUGUAAGUAAUUAACUAUCAUUUACGUAUGGACUUACUAUUUUUUCUUCA